UUGAACUGUGUAGUCAAUGGAGCUUCUUGUUUAGGGUUUUAAGUUCAUGUUUAGGUUUUGAUUAUUCUGCCUCUGAGAAAUGCUUAUGCGAUUUGUGCGUAGUUCUUUGGUCAAUGGGGUUUAAGAACCUUGGUGAUAUUUUGUGGGGUGCUAAGGAUGCAGUGGCGGUGUUGUGGUGGCUGGAGCAUGGCAUGAGAUCUUUCAGAUACAUUAGAAACAGUUUGAUACAGUUUUGGGAAGACUUUAAAAGACGUGGAGUUUAGAUUGCUAAUCAUCAUUAUUAUGAAUCUUUGAUUAGAUACCGAGACAGACAUACGUGGAUCUCACUACCAAACUACUCAAGAUUGUGGUUCGCAUCACAAGUACAGAUCAAAUGCCAUCUUUCAAAAUGAAGGCUCAAUCAAGCACGGGAUGUUUACGAGAAAAAAACGGUCUUCGUGUAUGUCAAAAGUCAAGUGUGAUUACCAAGAAAGCAUGUUCUCAUUUUAGGAAAUCUGAACAUACAGCGGAUCUUGACACUUGUAACAAUUGUCAGGAAGUUUCUUCGAGCAUGGAUGUUUCUAUUAAGGAAAUUGGACGUGAUGAAGCAAUUGACCAUCAGGAAUUGCUGGAUGAACAAGAUUGUAAGCAAUCAUGCGAUUCUGAAACCAAAAGGAUGGAGUCCUCUCACACCUGCCCAUCAAAUUUAGAGACAAUUUUCUCUCCUGCUUUGGAGUCUAGUGAAUCCCAUGGCGAACCAAAUAGUGAACCAACUGACAUUGAUGCAGGGUUAGGAGCUGGUGACAGUGAUGAUAACAGAAGUUCAUGUGAUAAUCAAACUUGCGAUGUCUCAGAUUUCUACAUUUCUGACAUGAUCAUUUCGAGCUUACCCUUCAACGAGAAUGCAUUUGAUGUUGACAUUGGUGAAAUGAAUUGCUUUCCAGACUACAAAUGUGCUGAACCAAAUAUGUUCUUUGAUGCGUCUGAGCAAUACAUGGUAUUGCCUUUCCUAGAGGACACUAUCAGAAGCAGUAAUAUUAAUACUGAUGUUGACAAAUCAUGUGAAGAAGCCAUCGUAGAUACAGAUUGUGCUGGAAUGUAUUUGGAAAUGGGUCAAAUGAGCCCCUGCAACCAGGAAACUGUUGUUAAUUCUUCUGACUCAGAUCAGGCGGAGUCCUUUGAUCCACAGUUGUUUAUUAAAAACUUACCCGAAUUAUCAGAUGUGGUAUCAAAUUAUCAACCCAACAUAUUGCCUGAGGAUGCUCCAAAAAGAAAGUCUGUAACUCUUGUACUUGAUUUGGAUGAAACACUGGUUCAUUCUACAUUGGAUCAUCUUGAUGAUGCAGACUUCACAUUUACCGUCUUUUUCAACAUGAAAGAGCACACGGUAUAUGUGAAACAGAGGCCUUACCUCCAAACAUUCUUGGAGAAAGUUGCAGAAAUGUUUGAAGUUGUUAUUUUUACUGCCAGCCAAAGCAUAUAUGCAGAGCAACUUCUUGAUAUAUUGGAUCCAUAUGCAAAGCUUAUAUCUCGCAGAGUUUAUCGUGAAUCAUGCAUUUUCUCAGAUGGCAGUUACACUAAAGAUUUGACAGUUUUAGGUGUUGAUCUUGCAAAAGUUGCCAUAAUUGAUAAUACUCCACAGGUACAUACCCUGGCCAUUUGUGUUAACUGCUUGGACCUUUAUUUCUUAAUUUUUAGGAUUUUCUUUUCAAUUUCCAUUUGUCCUGUUUUUUGCAUUGCCACUUUAUGGGUUGCCCUAUUGCUUGAGAACUCGAACUUUCUUUCAGAUCUCUUGAUGCUGGCAGUUGUAGUGGCUACUAAUAAAAAUUGGUUUCACUCCUGGCGAAAUUAAAAGCUAAGGCAAAGAGAAAAAAAGUGGAAAGAAAUGAACCUUGUUAUUACUCAGAACUGACUGUUUUUCUCUUAUCCACUUUUUGUCAUUUCAGGUUUUCCGAUUGCAAGUUAAUAAUGGAAUUCCUAUAAAGAGUUGGUUUGAUGAUCCGUCCGAUAGUGCUCUGAUUUCAUUACUUCCCUUCUUAGAGACCCUGGUUAAUGCUGAUGAUGUUCGUCCAAUAAUUGCCAAGAGAUUCGGUAACAAGGAAUAAGAGUCACUUGUCUUUCUCAUUUGCUUGAAUAUAGAAGCUCCUUGUCCCUCUCAUACCUUUUUUUAAAAUAGAAAAUAUUGGCCUCUAAUCUUGAUGCUCCCUGUUCUUUUCUUUUGAGCUCAUGAGAUAAUUAGCUAUACAAUAAACUCUUUCUUAUUGUCAGUCAGCUCUUGGUUCUUGUUCCCUUGUUUUCUUCCUUUCAGCUUACAACACUGUGGAAUGGGUUGUCUAAUUUUUGUUCAAAGGUAAUUGUAGAGAAAGUAUGAUUUAUCCUUAUUGUACAGUUUAAGUUGCUUUUAUAUCAGGGUGUACACAUGAGAAAUUAGCUAUAAAAUAUUGGCCUUUAAUCAAGAUGCUCUUCUUUCUCUUCAUUUGAGCUCAUUAGGUAAUUAAUUAUGCAAUUCAAUCUUCUUUUCUUUAUUGUCUGCCAGCUCUUCGUUCUUGUUUCCUUAUUUUCUUCCUUUCAGCUGACAACACUUGAGGGCAGUUUGUCUAGUUUUUUGUUCGGAGGUAACUGUAUGGAAUGUCAAUUUAUCCUUUUUUGCAAUUUCAAGUUGCUUUCUAUAUUAGAGUGUGCGCAUGAAAAACUAAUAAAUUCUGAAAUACAAUUCUUGAAAGCGUUGCCUUUUACUGAGUUUGGCCUCAUUACAGCCACAUGUUUUGAUACAUUGUCUUUUAUUAAAAAAUAUUCACAAUACAAUUACGCUAGCACUAGGGACCCAAUCUAGUCAAUAUUGUCAUAGGCUUUUAUGGUUUAUUAAAAGAUUAUGUUUCAUAGGAAGAAUAAUUAAUAGCUUAUGGCAAAAUUUGGAAUUGGAAGCCUCUGUAGUAAGAUUUACUCUUUCCUUGAGGGAUUUAUGCCAAAAAGUACAUAGUGGGUACACAAAGAGGAGUCUGGCAUAUUGAGUGUGCUAGAUAGUGAAUAAAGUCAGGUGGCUUAUAAAAGAGAAUCUCUUAAAAGAUGAAUUAAGUUGAAUGUACAAUUAUGAAUGCCUUUCUACCCAACUUUUUGACAUCUUCAUAGACGUCUACCAGUAAGGAAAUCUUCAAACAGCUGAAUCCUAAGUAUUUUCAGAAAUUCAAAUGAUAGUUAUGGAAGUAAUAAUUACUGUAACAGCUCAAAGUUUAGCUUGUGAUACUGCAUAUCUUUAGUAAAUAAAUGAUUACCAUUCAUAAAAAAUUAUUAUUGAAGACAAAUUAAUGUAAAUGCUAUAAUAAGUAAAUGGCAUUGAAUACUUUCUGAACUUAAAAGGAAGUCUUACCUUUAAUGCAAUGAUAUGUCAAAUUAUGCUAAAUGAAGUUCAGAACUUUUCUGUAGUAAUAUGAAGGUGUGGCCCUUCUGGAUAAGAAAUAAGAAACAGGGAGGAGCAGAAAGAGGACAAACAACUUGUGCAUCCUGUGUCUACAUGGCAUCAUUUUGCCGCAGAAUUUCUUCGUCCACGUUGACUGAGUUCAGGCUUAUUUAUGUUCUAGGGAUUAGUUUUUAGUUUCAUUUUCUUUUCUAAUGAGUUUAAACAACUGGAGCACCAUUUCUUGAUUAAAUCAAAAUAGCUUUAGAAGGAAAUGUGAGGGGAAGUAAAGUCUGUAUUUGAUUACAUUAUAUUCCAAAUAGUAAACAUAGUUUGUAUGUUUGAGUGAAUUAUAUCUUAUGAACUGAGAUUGCUCUUA